AUGUCUCCAUGGAUAUAUGAUGUGUUUAGAUAUAUUGAAUUGCCUAGAGGAGAAGAAAUAUCUCCCCAACUCUACAAAGCCAUUGAAAAUUCAAGAUUUUUGAUGGUGAUCUUCUCGAAAAAUUAUGCUUCUUCGUCGUGGUGUCUGAGGGAACUUGUCAAAAUUCUUGAUACCAAGAAAUUGGAAAAACCAAAACAUGAAGUUCGAAUCUUGUUUUAUGAUGUUAUGCCCGAAGUGGUCAGAAAACAAACUGAGAGCUAUGCCGAAGCAUUUGUCAAACAUGAAGUUUCCAAUAGAGCAGAGGUAGAUGUAUGGAAGGAAGCUCUAACCGUGGCAGCUAGCUUAUCUGGAUGGGAUCUUAACGACAUGACAAAUGGGUAUGAGUCCAAGUUCAUUGAUUGCAUAUCUAAAGACAUCCACAAAACGUUAUGUGAUGUGCCCUUGCAUGUUGGUGAGAACCUAGUGGGUGUAGAUGCUCGUGUAAAUAAAAUGAACUUGGGGCGCUUUAUUGGUUCAAGUAGGGUUAACAUGAUUGGAAUUUGCGGCAUUAGUGGAAUAGGAAAGACCACCAUCGCAAAAGCUAUUUAUAACUCGACAUAUGCCUACUUUAAAAAAAGCUGUUUUUGUGAGGAUGUCCAAGGAGUCGCCAAACGACAAGGGCUACCUCAAGUCCAGAAGCAACUUAUUAGUAAGAUCACGAAAACUGAAGAUGUGAAGAUAUACGAUAUCAGUGAAGGAAUCAUGGUAAUAAAGAAAAGGGUAGCUUUUGAGCCAAUCUUGCUUGUUUUGGAUGAUGUGGAUCAUCACGAGCAGUUAGAAGCAUUAGCAGGUUCACGUAACUGGUUUUGCCCCUUAAGUUUGAUUAUUUUCACUAGUAAAGACAAACAGUUGCUCAGAUCUCAUAGAGUUGAUGAAAUAUAUGAAAUGGAGUUUUUAGAUGAUGGUGAAGAUAUUAUGCUUUUUUGUUUGUAUGCUUUUGGCCAAACAUAUCCUACACAUGAUUUCAAGAAGCUCUCAUACCAAGUCGUGAAAUGUUUGCAAGGGCACCCGUUAGCUCUCAAAGUUGUUGGCAACGCUUUGUUUGAAAAGUCUGCCCGUAUAUGGAGAAGUCAAUUGGAUAGACUCCAAAUGUACCCUAAUUCGGAGAUACAACAAAAAUUGCGACCCAGUUUUGAUUUGUUAGACUUUGAUCAGAAAAGAAUCUUUCUUGAUAUUGCAUGUGCCUUAAUAGGCGAAGAUAAAGAUCUUUCUGCAAGUGUACUUGACAACAACAAUUGUUUUGCGGAUGUUAAUAUUGAUGUUUUGGUCGAUAAAUCUCUAAUUACAAUAUCUCCUGAUGAUUUCUCGCUUCAAAUGCAUGAAUUAAUUCGAAGCAUGGCAAGGGAAGUUCUACGUGAAGAAUUUGAAAGGCCUAUCCGGUUGUGCGGUACGUUAGAGGUUUACGAUGUACUUGGUGAAAACACUGUAACGGAAAUAACUAAAGGAAUUGAAGUUCUUGUCCUUUUGUUAGAGAGAACUACUAAAACGGUUCGCAUAGAUUGCAAAGCUUUUUCAAAGAUGAAAAAAUUACGGAUCCUUAAAAUUUGUUAUCCAGAAGCAGAGCACUUUGGACAGUCAUUUCAAUUGAGCAUGUGGACAGACUUCAGUGUGAAGUUAUCAGGAAAUUUGGAUUUUUUAUCAAAUGAGCUAAGAUUGAUUUAUUGGCAUGGAUAUCCUUUCAAGUUCUUGCCAUCAAGUUUUUAUCCAGCGAACAUUGUUGCCAUUGACUUUUCUUUCAGCAACAUCAAAAGUUUUUGGACAACACUAAAGUGUUUUAGGAGGUUGAAAGUGAUGAAGCUAAGGCACUGCCGUAACCUAACAACCACCCCUGACUUCACAGAGAUGGUCAAUCUCGAAAAGCUAAAUCUUGAAGGUUGUGUGAGUUUGGUUAAGCUUCACCCAUCAAUUGGAAUGCUUAAGAAACUUGUUAUGUUGAAUAUGAGAAACUGCAUACAGAUCAGGAGCUUCCCCUGCAAAAUUGAAAUGGAUUCUAUCCGAGUUCUGAUUCUAUCGGGGUGCUUAAAAUUAGAUAACCUGGCUCGGGUUUUGGGCACCCUCAAGAGUUUGGUGAAGCUUUAUGUUGAUGGAACAGCCAUUACAACAUUACCUUCUUUCAUAUCAUCUUUAACUAACCUUCAAGUACUAGAGAUCGGUACAUUCCAACAACAACCUGAGUCUUCAACAUGGUGGACAUCAAUUUUCCAAAAACAUCCACAAAGUUUGGCGCUGCCUUCUUUUGCAAGUUUACAAUCGCUAACGGAGCUAAGUAUUGUUAACUGCAACAUAUCCGAAGUGUGCCAUGACAUUGGAGCCUUAUCAUGUCUAAAAAGUUUGUUUUUGAAUGGUAACACCUUUACUAAGUUACCUGAAAGCUUGAGUCAACUUUCUCGUCUUCAAAUUCUGUAUCUUAUUGGCUGCACGAAGCUAGAAGUGUUGCCGGAACUUCCACUUAGCCUUCAGUGUCUUAAGACGUCUCAAUGUACCUCCUUGCAAGAAGCGCCGAGGCUAAUUCACCGACAAUAUCUUCAAUGUGAUUUCGUUGAUUGUCCAAAAAUAUAUGGGAAUGUUAGCCAGGUGUCUAUGUCGCAGACUCCACUUAUCGACUCAUCUACAAACCAACUUUCUUUUUUGGUCGAGUAUUUGGGUAUCCAGAGUAGGAUACGUGAGUUCUUCAGUGAAAGUAAACACUCACAUAUGCUAUUUACCGGAAAUGUAGAAAGUAAACAUUUGGAGAUAUUAUUUAAUGGAGAUAGAAUUCCACCAUGGUUUACGAAUCAAAGUGAGGGAAGCUGUCAUGAAAUAAAGGUGGAAUUACCUCCAAAUUGGUGCUACUCUGAGUUUAAAGGGUAUGGAAUCUGUGUCGCAUUCGAGCUAAAGAGGUCUUGUCCUGGUGGACCAAGAUUCUCCGUGGACAACUUGGAUGGAGCCCCACUAGUUACAUUUCGUCCGAUGGGGUUCUUGUACGAGACGUUACGAAUAUAUGAUACGAAUAAGAUGAUAUGGUUGGGUGUUAUGGCAUGUGAUUGGGGAUGGAAAGAAACAAAGAAGUUUGUCACGUUUACAUUCGAAGAUAACGAUGAAGUUGAGGUGAAGGGUUGUGGUAUAAGACUUGUUUGUGAUGAUGAUGAUUUAAAAGAAGAAGAAGAAACAGUUUUAAGUAUGAUACAAAACCUCCCACCUCUAAUUACUCAACCUACCGGAAGUUACUUUCGUUUUUUCGACAAUGCUGAUUAUAUCAGUGUGCAUCUUUAA